AUAAAGCAAACAUAUUAAACAUUUAUACAAAAUACAACAAUGCCAAAAGACGUGGCAAGCAACAAGCUGCAGCGUCAUAAAAACUUAACUACAGAAGCCAGCUCCGCUUUGUAUGUAAGCGGUAUUAAGAUAACUGUGGACGGCUACAUACGCACCAAGCAUGUGAGCAAUGUUAGGGAUCGUCAUUUGCAUGCGCAGCUGCAGCUGCCAGCGCUGCAAGAGCGUUGCGCCUUAGCCAGCAAUACCAACUUGCUGGAAUUAUCCAAAAAACUAGAGCAAACUCCAAAGCCAGCGCAAUCUGCAGUUGAAUGGCAUCAGACAGCUACAGAGCCUGCUGCUAGUCAAACUACGGUAGCUAUACAUGAGCGGCAGAAGCUAGAGAACUAUAGAAAGCAACGUAGAAAGAAAAGAGACUCGGACACCACGUCCAUAGCUGAGUCCUUAGCUGAAGUAGCGCCACCAAUGUGCUGUCAGGAACUGCCAUCGACCUCCGACUGUCCAAAGCCUCGCAAACGAAGUGUGCUUAAGAAACUGAAGCACAAACUCGCCGAACAUCAUUUGCUUACCUUACUAUUGCUGCUAGCCAAUGCCAUUUAUAUAUUUUAUAUACUCACUUUUGAUAUUAGUGCUCAUCAUCACGCCAAGCAGCCUGAGUUGAGUUCCAAACGACUAUUGCAACAUUUGUUGGCAAUUGGCAAGCAACUGCUCUACUAGUGGCUAUACAGCGUCAGAUUUAAUUGUUAAAAUUCAAAUUUAAGUCGCACUUUAUAUGUAAAAUACAUUUUUUUAAUUUCACACCACUGCUGAGUGUGUGCGUGUGCUCGUGUGUGUGUGAAUGAAAAACAAACAUUUCACUUUUGUUGUUUGGCCAAAUAACAACUAAAACCCACAGCAAGAAUAACAAGAGGCACACACACACACACACAAAAACAUUUUCGGUUCUUCACACCGCCCAUCAGAAAAAUAUAUAAGCGCAAAUUGUAAAGUGUUAAAAAUAAUAAAUUAUUGCUGUUAUUCUAAA